UCGAGCGGAUAUCGAUGAUCGUGAUUCUUCUGAAUUGCGUGACGUUGGGGAUGUAUCAGCCCUGCAUGGACGAAGACUGCCUGAAUAACAGAUGCAAAAUUCUUCAGUUAUUCGAUUACGUGAUCUUCCUGUUCUUCACGCUGGAGAUGAUGAUAAAAAUGGUGGCGAUGGGCGUGUGGGGCAAGGGUUCGUAUCUGGCGGACUCCUGGAACCGUUUGGACAUGUUCAUCGUCCUCGCCGGUGGCCUCGAGUAUUGUUUGGACGUCGAGAACUUAAACCUGUCGGCGAUAAGGACGAUAAGGGUCCUCCGGCCGCUGAGGGCGAUCAACAGAAUUCCAAGUAUGAGGAUUUUGGUGAUGCUUCUAUUGGACACUUUACCAAUGCUGGGUAACGUCCUACUACUCUGCUUUUUCGUCUUCUUCAUAUUCGGAAUCAUCGGAGUGCAGUUGUGGCAAGGAAUCCUGCGACAGAGGUGUUACAUAAACACCGACAUCAACAUUACAUUCCCAAAAGGUUUCUCCGACGUUUACAAAGUUCGCGUGCCUGCUACGGAUCUGUCGCUGUACUAUUCGAUCUCCUCGGAUCAGGACUACAUCUGCAGCAAAUCGGAGCACUCCGGUAUGCAUUUCUGCAAGGAUAUACCGCUGUACAAGGAGGGCAAGAUGAAAUGCAAUUUGACGUACGAGGAGAAGCAUUUCGAGAAGAAGGCGGGCUGCAUCAAUUGGAACCAGUACUACACGACGUGCAACGACAGCGGAUCGAAUCCGUUUCAGGGUACGAUAUCGUUCGAUAACAUCGGGUUGGCUUGGAUCGCGAUUUUUCUCGUUAUAUCGUUGGAGGGUUGGACGGAUAUCAUGUAUUACGUGCAGGACGGACACAGUUUUUGGGAUUGGAUCUAUUUCGUCCUUCUGAUUGUCAUCGGAUCGUUCUUCAUGAUCAAUCUGUGCUUGGUGGUAAUCGCGACGCAGUUUUCCGAGACGAAGAAGAGAGAGAUGGAGAGGAUGAGGUUGGAGAGGGCGCGUUUUCAAAGUUCUAGUACUCUGGCUUCCAGCACCAACAACAGCGAACCGACCAGUUGUUAUGGAGAAAUUGUAAAGUAUAUCGGUCAUCUUUGGAGGAGAAGCAAGCGAAGACUGAUCAAGAAGAUACGUCUUCUGAAGCACCGCCGCGACCAGAGGCGGGACAGGAAGAUCGUCGCCGGCGAGACUAUAAGACUUAACUACAACAAGAGACACCACCCGUGCUGUCCGCGACUCAGACACGUCUCGCAAUUAGUGCCAAACACGCAUCAGGGUGUAUCCAGGACGAGUUCGAUCACGAUGAGCGAGGAACAGGAGCAGACGACGAUCGGAGGCGGCUGCGGUGGUAGUCAGAUGAUGCCGAAACGACCCAGCCUGUUGCGGGUCUCAUCGAUCUCCAACCAGGAUAUAACCACCAACAGCAACAACGAGCUGUCCGGGAAUCUGCUGUCACCGCCGCUUCCGCAGAACAACAGAAGGAGAUCUUCGGUGAUGUUCAGCGAUGUCGUCGUGCGACACGGCGAAGAUUCACCUCUGACCUCGAAUCCAUCCUCGAAUCUGCUCUCAGCAAGCGCCAACAUCUGUCUGGAUAAGAAGAACGUUUGCUCCAGCGAGAAGAUGACUCAAACAGGCGAUGGAAACAUUUGGCAGAUCACGACUAUACCGAGUCCACAGCAGAUCCUGCAGAGCCAGCAGCAGGUGACGCAGGAUUACGGCGACCUCAUCAACGGCGAAACAAUGACGUGCCAGGAGCUGCUCGCACUCGGCGGUAUAAACGCUGCGCUUCCGACCGGUCACGCCUUGGACACCUUCUUCAGCUCCCUGUCGAAAGGACCCAAACCUAAGAACGGUGACGAGUUGUACGUGCAGCAACUCUCCGACGAUGAUUACACCUGCUGCCAGGACAUGUGGCACUGCGAAUCCGAGUACAAAAACGCGAAACGUUCGAAAUGCUACGUCGUCGUCUGCACCACCAUCAAAGGCAUCAUCAGGUUCUUCAGCACGGCGCGAAGGUACGUCAAACUUCUGGUGGAGAACAAGUACUUUCAGCAGGGCAUCCUCCUUGCCAUCCUGAUCAACACCUCGUCAAUGGGCAUCGAGUACCACAACCAGCCCGAUCAUCUCACCUACGCCGUCGAGGUGAGCAACAUCAUCUUCUCGGCGAUCUUCGCUGUGGAGAUGCUGCUCAAGGUCAUUUCCGAAGGUCCCUUCGGAUACAUCUCGAACGGCUUCAACGUCUUCGACGGAGUUAUCGUAAUCUUAAGCGCCAUCGAACUCUUCCAAAAGUACACCGGAGACAUGCAGGCAGAUUCCGGUCUCUCGGUGCUCCGCACUUUCCGCCUCUUAAGAAUCCUGAAACUCGUCAGAUUCAUGCCUAACCUCAGGAGACAGUUGUUCGUGAUGCUACGAACCAUGGACAACGUGGCCAUCUUCUUCUCUCUCCUCAUCCUCUUCAUAUUCAUAUUUAGCAUUCUUGGCAUGUACUUAUUUGGCGGUAAGUUUUGCAAGUACACCGAUGCAGACGGUGUAAGUAGAGAGUGUAAUUGUGAAAUGAUCGCCAAGCACGACAAGCGGUGUGAAUGUGACAGAAAACACUUCAACAACUUCCUCUGGGCCACGGUCACCGUCUUUCAAAUCCUGACGCAGGAGGAUUGGAAUAUGGUGCUUUCCAACGGGAUGGCGAAGACGUCGCAUUGGGCCGCUCUUUACUUUGUCGCUUUGAUGACUUUCGGGAAUUACGUGCUCUUCAAUCUGCUCGUCGCUAUCCUGGUGGAGGGUUUCAGUUCGGAACGAAACGAGAGGCGAGAGAAGGAGCAGCGCGAGAUGGCCAGGAGGAAGAUGUCGAUGAUGGAGUCCAGCUAUAGGGAUAGUUCAGAGGAGAGCAGCAGGUCCAUUUCCAGUUCGAGCUCCAGUUACCAUCAAGGAGGGAAGAACUGUUGGAGAUCUGCGGAGGAGCUGAGGAAGGUGAAGGAGAUGAACGGUCACAGGGCUUCGGUCAUUGCGUUCACGCCGCCGUGCGACUGCCGCGAAUUCAAGUCUCCGGACUCGGAGCCCAAAUGCAACAUACAGAAAGAAUCGAAAAUGCUUAAGCAAGACACGACACCGUCACCCAGCAAGCGCAAGUUCCAAACGCCCAAGAUCACGCACACCGCAGCCACCCCUCAAGAUUCACCGAGCACCACUCUGGAGGAUUUCCCAGAGUUCAGAUAUAGCGUCACCCCGACCCCGACACCACCGUCACCAUCACCGACCACAGACACGCCACCCUGUAGCACUGAAUCCACACAGAAAUCAGUACCUAAACCUACCGGACCUAUCACCGAGCAUCUGGAGCUUAACGCUCGUUCACUUUGUUCGUUGCAGCUGCUGAAGCCGCCGAGUCUGUCGCCGCCUCCGCUCACUUACAGGCAAUUCGAGAAGUCACCGGAGGAGCAGUUUCCAUCGAAGAUCAUCAUGCACAACGAGCGGAUCGGAUCGAAGACAACAACGUUCUCGGAGAAGGUCUCCGUACCCAAAUCAUCGGAUAAGGCGCGCAUUCAAAGAAAAUACUCCUGGAAGUUGGGUUCUAAAUCGAGUCUUAAACGCAAGAAGAACAGGAGCGGUUCGGAUUCCGAUGCCAUCCCUUUGAAUAACGGCAGGGAUCAUUCGCAAUGCAACGGAAGCGGCGUCUCGAGACACUCGAGUCUUCGCAACGAUUCUCUUCUGCAAUCCUCGAUCCGCAUCCAGAACGACACGCAACGCGACACCCCGAACAACAAGAGUCCAAACGGGCCACCUCUCACCCGUCACAACUCCCUCAGCAACUCUUCGCAAUCGAAGAUAAGCCCGUGCAACGCUCAACUAUCGAAGCUGAAUAGUCCCACCGUUACAAGGAAGCAGAGCUUCGAGGCAAAAUCGGUCAAUGUUCUGCAGGAGGAGAAAGUUUUACCACCAGUGAAAAUGGACGAGAUCGUUGAGAACCCUCCCGAACCCGAACUCAACAAGCUCCGAAGACUGCUCAUCUACUUGGAACCCAAAGGAUGCAUGAAGGAACGCGACGAUUACUCUCUGUACAUCUUCACUCCGAACAAUAGAUUCCGGAAGCUUUGCACUUGGCUGGUGGAUCAGAAGUGGUUCGAUAACGUUGUGCUACUCUUCAUCGCUUGCAAUUGUAUCACAUUGGCAAUGGAAAGACCCAACAUUCCUCCGGAUUCUAAAGAGAGACAUUUCUUAUCGGUUAGCAACGACGUUUUUACUGUCGUUUUCACCGUCGAGAUGUUCGUUAAGGUCGUCGCUUGGGGAAUGUGCUACGGCCCGGACGCUUAUUUCACCUCAGGUUGGAACAUCAUGGAUGGAUCUCUUGUAAUCAUAUCAAUCGUCGAUUUACUCAUGUCUCUGAUUAGCGAAUCGAGUCCUAAAAUAUUCGGAAUCUUAAGAGUCUUCAGAUUGUUGCGGUCAUUACGACCGUUGCGAGUCAUCAACAGAGCGCCAGGUCUUAAGCUCGUCGUUCAAACGCUUUUAUCAUCUUUACGACCUAUCGGCAACAUCGUGCUUAUUUGCUGCACGUUCUUCAUAAUCUUCGGUAUUCUCGGAGUGCAACUGUUCAAGGGAUCCUUCUACUUCUGCAAGGGCGAUAACGUGAAGGGUAUAAAGAACAAGACGGAUUGUAAGGCGCGCGGGUACGAUUGGACCAACCAGAAGUACAAUUUCGACGAUCUGGGUAAAGCCCUGAUGUCGCUCUUCGUGUUGAGCUCGAGAGACGGCUGGGUGAACAUCAUGUACACCGGUUUGGAUGCUGUCGGCGUGGAUCAGCAGCCGCAAACCAACUACUCGGAAUGGCGUUUGCUCUACUUCAUUUCGUUUAUACUUCUGGUGGGUUUCUUCGUCCUCAACAUGUUCGUCGGCGUCGUCGUGGAGAAUUUCCACAGGUGCAGGGAGGAGCAGGAGAAGGAGGAAAGGGUUCGGCGCGCCGCUAAACGGGCUUUGCAGAUGGAAAAACGCAGACGAAAAAUGAACGAACCGCCUUACUACAUAAAUUACUCGCCUUGGAGGAUGUUCAUCCACAACGUGGUCACCUCCAAGUACUUCGACUUGGCCAUCGCCGCCGUCAUCGGAUUGAACGUUGUGACCAUGGCGACGGAGAGGUACCGGAUGGACGAUACGCACAGCUACAUCCUGAAGAUCUUCAACUACUUCUUCACCGCCGUCUUCAUCCUCGAGAGCAUCAUGAAACUGGUCGCUCUCGGUUUCAAGCUUUACCUCAAAGAGAAAUGGAAUCAACUGGACGUUAUCAUCGUUAUCUUAUCUGUAGUGGGAAUCAUCUUGGAAGAACUCAAGAGCAACAUAAUACCCAUAAACCCGACUGUGCUGAGAGUGAUGCGCGUGAUGAGGAUAGCGCGCGUCCUGAAGCUCCUCAAGAUGGCCAAAGGAAUUCGCGCACUUCUGGACACAGUGAUGCAGGCUCUUCCGCAAGUGGGAAACUUGGGACUCCUGUUCUUCCUCCUCUUUUUCAUCUUCGCAGCGCUCGGAGUCGAGCUCUUCGGUCGGCUGGAAUGUUCGGAAAAGCAUCCGUGCCAAGGUUUAGGAGAGCACGCAGAUUUUGCCAAUUUCGGGAUGGCUUUCUUGACGUUGUUCCGAAUUGCCACCGGCGAUAACUGGAACGGCAUCAUGAAAGACACCCUGAGAAUAGAGAAUUGCGGACUGGAAGCCGACUGCGUGAAGAACUGCUGCGUAUCACCUGUGAUUGCUCCAAUUUUCUUCGUCAUCUUCGUUCUCAUGGCCCAAUUUGUUUUGGUCAACGUUGUAGUAGCGGUGUUGAUGAAGCAUUUGGAGGAAUCACACAAGCAUUUGGAAGAUGAACAGGACAUGGAUAAUCAACUGGAAAGGGAGUUCCAGGAGAAACAGGAGAUGGAAGAGAGGAGGGAGCUGUGUCUGGCGUUGCAGAUGGAUUCCGAAUGCGCACAAACCAAACCUCUAACUAAGGUGCUAUCACUGCCUUCGAAUUUCACGUACAAUCCUCCAGGAUCUAAGCGAUCUUUGGACCCGAAUCCGUUGAAGCAGAGGCGGCAGACGAUGCACAGUCAGCAGCCGAUAAUGCUCUCGAAUCUGGACGACAUCAGGAACAUCGACGAAUCUUCACCGGACAUCUACAGCAUCCGCGAGUACAAGAAUAACGAAUUCAACGGAAGAAAUCUUCUGCAAACGAACGUGGACGACAUCAUCAGCAUCGAUCGGUCGGAGAGUUUGCUUCGGGUGAUCGAGCCGGAGGAGAAGUAUCCGCUGCGAAAGAUCAACGAGAAUCUUCUCUGCGUCCCGUACGAAUCGAAACCUGUGCAAAAGAUGUACGGAAGCACGAAAAACCUCUUCGCGAAAGCGGAAAUCGUCUGCGAAGAAACGCCCUUCCUCUUGGUUCCGGACGAGAAGAAAAUCCCCAAGCACGACUCUCAGGAAAGCGUACAACGCAUCAUCACGGAACGCCGGAAACUUGAUGAAAACAUGAAAGAGGUCAAUCAAUUCGACAUCUACGAUGUGAGCAACGGCAGCGAGGAGAACCUCGUCGAGGAAGCUUCCGGCGGCAAAGACGAGUGAAAGGAAUCACACACCAAUUAGUUUCUAAAAGAAAAACAAACUAGUAUCAAAGCAGAAUAAUAAUUAAAAAGAAGAAUGAACAAGGUAUUAAACUCUUAGGUAUGUUAACGUUAAAGUAAUCGAUAAGGCAGGAGAAACUAAUGUCAAUACGCUUUAGUUAAUUUGUUGUAAAUACGAAGAGCGAAAGAGUUUUUUUUUUGCGACUCGAAUCUAGACUACAGAAGAGAAAACACAGCAGAAAAAUCAUCAUCAAUUGGUACCUAGUUAUUUUUUUCUAGUGACUUACGAAACAAACGAAGACUUGCGCGUAACGCCGUUAGCGAAAAUAAAAAGAGUACACUAUUAUUAGAUAGAAUGUGUAGAGUAAAUUACUCUCUUGUUAUUAAUACAAAAAA